AUGGAGAAGCUGUGUUGGUGUUUCCUGGCUUUAAUCAAUCUCUGUAAUGCUUCCGGUCAGACAGACAUGAAUAAGAAGGCCUUUGUGUUCCUCAAAGAGUCAGACAAUUCCUAUGUGUCUCUGAAAAGACAGUUGAAGCAGCCACUGGAAGCCUUUACCGUGUGCCUCAGCGUCUAUGCUGACCGGAGUCGGACCCGUAGCUACGGAAUUUUCUCUUACGCCACUAGGAAAAUAGCUAAUGAAAUUGUCAUCUUUUGGUCUAAAAAUGGAGGAUACAGUUUUAUAGUAGGUGGGGCUAAGGAAUUAUUCAAGUUUCCUGCAGUCAGUAUGGAACCAGCGCACAUCUGCGCAAGCUGGGAGUCAGCCUCAGGGAUUGUUGAGUUCUGGGUGGACGGGUGGCCCAUGCUGAGGAAGAGUCUGAAGAAGGGAUAUUCUGUGGAGUCAGAGGCAAACAUCAUCCUGGGGCAGGAGCAGGAUUCUUUCGGUGGAGGCUUUAAUAUCAACCAGUCUUUGGUGGGAGAGAUUGGAGAUGUGAACAUGUGGGACUUUGUAUUGUCACCAGAACAGAUUAAGACCAUCUAUUCUGGUGGGACCAUCAGUCCUACUGUCUUGGAUUGGCGGGCUCUGACGUAUGAGACCCGUGGGGAAGUGCUUAUCAAGCCCCAGCUUUGGUCCUGA